AUGAUCAGAACGAACCAUGGCCCAGUCGGGCUGCGACAACCGCGGAACCCUGAGAAGAUCACGCCAGCUGUCGGAGACAAGAAGGACACCACGAUCAUCAAGAACUGGCUAGAUCCCAAGAAGAACAAGGGAAAGGACAAGGAUGGCAAGGGCGAUAUGUAUCGCAUGCUCAUCAAACAGACGAUGUUACUUGCGGCGGCCAAGAUGGAGAUCGAUGAUAUCGCCUAUGGCAGUCCCAACGUCGCCAUUGAUGAAAAGACUGGCCUCCACAGGUCACCCGAAGAAAUGCAAGAGCGGGAUGCGCUGGCCCGCGUGAAGAUCAAAACUAUGCAGGAUGGCACGGCCCCCAUUCCAGAUGGCAGGCAUGUGGGUACCGGAAAGCUCAAGAAGACCAGCAGGGCCCUAACGCGGCACACGCUGGUCAAGAGAAGCAAGUACCCCUGGGGCUGGUACAAGUACCGCUACUGGACACUCCAGUCUGGCAGGAUGACAGUCUACAGAUCCAACAAGGCCGAGUAUGCCGGGGAGAGGCACACCAUCUACGACAUCCGGGAGGCCACGUGCCAGUUUGAGACCAAAAACAUGGUGGGCCUGGGUGCAGAGCCUUUUCUUCCCCGUCAUGAGGCCCGGGUGCGGUUACAGCUCAAGGAGCGUGCCUGGGGUCCGGUCUUCCUCUACUCGCAGGAUGUUUCUCAGGUGAAGAGCUGGGAGCGAGCGAUCAAGAUGUCCAAGUACCUGCUCAACGCAACCGACCGCGAGGCCAUGGCCUUUGUGAUCGGCAGGGUCGCAGGUUCCAUGAUGGCCAAGGGCUGGAAUGCUCUCUUCCAGUACCACAGGGAGUUGGAAAACACACGCCGGUUAAUUCGCGGCCUGGCCAUGCGGCUCACGAAGUGCCUGGGCUGA